AUGGCCGAACAAGAGGACCAUAUACCGUCAUGUCCAUUCUGUGAAUUCACAGACCAGGAUACCUAUUUCCUCUUGCAGCAUAUUGAACUCUGCCAUCCAGAAAACGGAAAUUCUCCAUUUAUAGCGGAGGAUGACCAGAGCCACGAGGCCGCUACCACGAAGGAACCAUUUAAUACCCCGCCUGGAGCUGCGACACCCCCAAGAGCUAACUCGCCAUCUGUGGACAUCGAUGCUAAUCAAUAUGUCGAGUGUCCUGCGGAUUGCGGAGAAGCUAUAGUCAUUGGAGAACUUGCAAGCCACCUGGAUUUUCAUUCUGCAGAAGGACUUGCCCUAGAAGAGGCGGCUCUGUCUUCGAUUAAAUCGCCAAGCUACGACAAAGAAUGCUCCAACCCGAGUUAUGAUUAUGAUGACGCUGAUGAUAUGAUACCUAUGAAACUGGCAAAAACAAUACGCGAUCGAGACCGCCCGCGAAAAGGCGUCGUGAGAGAUACAGCCGUUCAGCCAAAGCCAUCCUCACAGAAAAGAAGGAGAAGACAUGGCUCAAAUACAGCACAUCGGUCUACAGCAGGGAGGAAGCUGGGUAAAGCUGAACUAGGGCCACAUGCCAAUGAGAAACAAAUGCCCGCGUGGUUGCGUAAAAUGCUUGAAAGUAGUCCGCGGGUAGCAUACGAGAAUAGAAUACGAUUGGAUGGCUCUUUGGUCAAAGUUGAGGUCCUUGAAAACGAGAGAAAGGGCGUGGUUCCUGUCCUUCGUCAGCUGUCUCAGCUGGAUGAGAGUGUCGAGCGGGCAUUCUUCUGUGACCCUAAUGUUCGACAUGUGUUCAAGAUGUCAAAAGAGGGAGGCUUUUGUGGAUACCGUAAUAUCCAGAUGCUCAUAUCAUAUAUUAAAGAUGCCAAAGCAGCUGGCGUCGAACAAUUUCCGGGCAAGAUACCUACUAUUCUACAAUUGCAAGAUAUGAUUGAGCAUGCCUGGGAUAUGGGCUUCAAUAGCAACGGAAGAGACGAAACAGGAGGGAUACGAGGAACCAGAAAGUACAUCGGUACAUCUGAGAAAUACGGCAAGUGCCAAGCUGCAGUUUUUAUCAGCACAACUGAACAGUCAGCGCAUCAAUCUCUCUUAGAAGCUAUAACAAGCUACUUUAUUCAAUCCUGCACGGAAUCAGUGGAUAUAAAAGUCUGCCAGACUACUCUUCCACCUAUUUACUUUCAACAUUCAGGACAUUCACUAACCAUCAUUGGCCUUGAGUUACGGAAGAACGGCUCUUCAAAUCUUCUUGUUCUUGAUCCAAUGUUUAAGACCUCACCAGCCAUACAAAGAUUAACCGGUACAAGGGUAAGCUGUGAAAACCCAGGGCGGAUUCUUAAAGCACACCGGAGAUGUGAUGGAUAUCUGAGGCGGUAUAAUGAGUUUGAAAUACUGAAGCUGUUUCCACAUGAAAAGUCUGGAUCUUAA